AAGUGCGGUUGGCCGUUUCCUGCUUUGAGUCGAUGUGUGCACAGAAGGGAGAAGAGAAACUUCCUUGACUGUAGAGCUUAGUUUUCUGACAGCGCAGCAAGGCCGCUUUUUCUAAUGCUGUUACAUUAAUUUAAGAUAGCUAGAGAUUUACCAGAGGACCAUGAGCCGUGGAUCUAAAUCUAAAACCGAGAGCGUCCGGAGCUCCCUGCUGAGCCCACAGGAGAACGAGAAGCUGGAGGAGCUGCUGGGCAGAAGGUGUGCUUCCACAGCCACCGCGGUAGCUCAGCUGUUCAUGGCUCUGCCACACAGUCCAUCCGUGUGGAGCUUGCAGCACACUGGAGUGGUCUGCUUCGUCAAAGACAACCCCCAGCGCUCCUACUUCAUACGGAUGUUUGAUUUGAAGAUAGGGAGGACGGUUUGGGAGCAGGAGCUCUACAACCAGAUCGUUUACUCCUCGCCGCUGCCGUACUUUCACACCUUUGCUGCAGAUGACUGUCAAGUGGGACUGAACUUUGCCACGCAUCAGGAAGCCGAGGCCUUCCAAAAAGCCGUGGAGGAGAAACUCAACCAAAGGCACAACCGUCAAGACAAGAGACAGCGCCCCCUGCCGCCUGGUGAAAGAGGUUCCCUGCCUCCAAUCCCACCUGAAAAAGCAGCAUCUGGUAGCCCUGGUUCUUUUCACAUGGCCACAGUGGACAUCCAAAACCCAGAUAUCCAAUCCUCACGCUACCGCUCGAUGCCUUCACCCGCUGCUUCCUCAGUUCUGAGCAGCAAAGGCAAGAAGGACAAGAAGGGCAAGAACAAGAAAAAGGGGCCCAAACUCUCCAAAGCAGACAUAGGAGCACCCAGCGGAUUUAAGCACGUUACUCAUGUCGGCUGGGAUCCCAACAACCUUGACCCCGACCUGUCGAAGCUGCUGUCCCAGGCUGGGAUCAGUGCAGAUGAGAUGAGGGAUGAAAAUGUCUCCCAGCUCAUCUAUAAUGUCAUCGAGCAGUCUGGAGGCAUGGAGGCGGUCAAAAGGGAGGUGAACCGAGGAGCUGCUGGACCUCCACCGCCUCCACCUGGCAGACAAGGGCCUCUGCCUCCUGUGCCGGGCUCCGGUCACUCUGCUCCAACCCCUCCGCCUCCUCGAGGCCGCUCCGGCCCUUUGCCUCCCAUCCCAGGCCAGUCACAGCGAGGGGGCCCAUCCCCUCAUGCCGCACGUGGAGGCGUGCCACCCCCGCCUCCUCCAACGAGCAGAGGCGGCCCUCCACCGCCACCGCCACCAGCACACUCUUCUCAGUUCUCCUCACUGCCAAAGCCCCCCCCACCCUCCUCCCAUAACUUGCCUCCUCCCUUGCCGCCGUCUAGCCAACAGUCCUCAAUGGGUUUCCCGCCUCCUCCUGUCCCAUCUACACCAAGCAGAGGUGGUGGAGGAGGUGCUCCACCUCCUCCUCCGCCCCCUCCUCCUCCUCCUGCUCCACUCUCUCACACCUCUAUUUCCUCAGAUUUCCCACCUCCUCCUCCUUGCCCCGGUGGCCCACCACCUGUCGCUCCAUCCACUGGACAAGGGGACAGCAGAGGAGCUCUGCUGGAUCAGAUCCGACUGGGGAAGAAGCUCCGAAAUGUGACAGACACUCCUGAUGCAGCUCCACCUGCACCACCAGAGUCAGGCGAGGGCAUCGUUGGUGCUCUCAUGAUGGUCAUGCAGAAGAGGAGUAAAGUCAUCCAUUCCUCUGAUGAAAGUGAAGACGAGGGUGGAGACGACGACGACGAUGACGACGAGUGGGAUGACUGAACUGAUGAGUUGAACUUGAGUCCACUGUGAUUUUAGUGAACCUCUCAUUUGCAAAACGGUUACAUGUUGUUGGACCAAAAACUGCAAACUGGAAAUUGUACACGUCAGAAACUGCGUGGACGAUUAAAUAAACAAAUAAUUCAUUGGAAAUGGACGUGACAGUGAAAGAAAACAAGUUUAAGAGAAUUCUGCAAUGUUUAUAUAUUUGUUUGAACAUUUCCAGUGUAGGAUUCAUCAGCAUGACAGCACGUAGCACUGUGUUACUCACAACGACGGUGAACGGUGGCUCUGGCUGGGAAAUAUCUUGUUCCUUUGCGCUUCCAUUAAAAAGAGCCAUUUUAAAAAUCUGCAAAUACAGCAUAAGACAGAACACCGACAAUCAAUACUAAAUCUGAGCCAGUUUCAUUCCCAUUUUUAUAACAUACUGUACAUAAAAAAAAAAAACAUUAUGUUCCUGUAUCAUUUUCUCAUACAUCUGUGCAAAGAUCCCCAAUUCCCUCGAAUACCACCACCGACAAAGUGCAUAACUGGAAGAACACUGUACGCUAUACGUAUCUUCAACACUCACAUACUGUAGGUCACUAGAGCACAGGACAGUAAUUGAGCCAUUAUAUGACAUCAUCCAAUGGAAUUAGCUUAGCACAACACAUUACACCUUACACGAACAACGUUACACACCGAGGCUGAAAACAGAACGACAGUAAAAUGUACAACUUGCAACAAACAGCAACAGAUAUGCAUGCAACAUAUGCAUUCAUCAUAUUAUCUUCAUACAAGAGUAAUCCAAUGACCAUAUCAUAACCAUAUAUAUUAUAUUCACAAUCAAUAUAUUACAUUUCUGUUUCAAGAUACUUAAAAAUACCAUAUCUGUGGUUUUGCCUAUUAACUACGUGCUGCAUACUUUACAUCACAGUCUACCAUUUUCCAAAACGGCAGCUAAUUUGAAAUAUGUGACCCAUCACAAUGACUGGUCUCCAGGUCUGUUUGAAACUCUUCUUCGCUGGUGCGUUCAAUGACCAAGAAAAACUGACAUUUAAGAAAACCUGUGCUAUAAGCCAUGUUUUUUUUGAAAAUCAAAGCUAGCAGACACAUUAAAAGUAAGCACGGG